AUGCUUAUUUAUAAAGGUAUCAAUAAAAAUCUUUUAUUUAUACAAAAAAAAAAUAAAGCUUUGGUAUUUAAAAUCACAUAACUAUUUAUCUCAAAUAUAAAAAGCUAAAAAUUAAAAUUUGAGAAGAAUAAAAAGAUAGUAAACUUAAAAAAAAGUAAAGAAAUUAAUAUAAGAGCCAAAAAUUAUUUAUUUAUUUAAAAAACCAAACAAAUUAUAAACAAUUAGAGAUUUUUAAUGAGUCAGAUAGAACCUCCAAUUGUUGGAUAUAUUAAAAAUCCUUAGACUGGUUAGCAUGAGCAAAUGAUUUUUACUUGUCUGUAAGUACUUGUAAUGCAACCAUAGUAAUCAAAUUCAUAAAAUUAUACUAUGCCAAGUCUUUAGCGUGCUUAGUCUUCUAUUCUUAAUAACGGUUAAAAUGUAACUCAAAUUAACUUGCCAAAUGAAAGUCAUAUUCCUAUGAUGUAGGUACCCACUACAAUCAAUAUUUUGAAUGCUGAUCCUGUUGAAAACACAAAUCAUGUUGAGUAAGAGUAAAAAGAAGCAAAGAUAAACAGUAUGAUUUACAAAGUGACGGAAACUAUUAAGCCAACAUAAAUAUCAAAUUAUUAUCUCUUCUUUUUUGGCUUAAAGGUUUUACUACAAUAUAAAUUCUUGAUUUACAUGUUCAUUUCAAUUGGCUUUUACGCUAAUAGACCUUCAUAUGCUUAUGUUUAAGAAGGUGAUGAUUAUUAUUUCAAGGCUACUUCAAAACCUGUAUCACAUUCUAAUUAUCCUUGCACAAAAGCAUAAAAUCCAGAUAUUCUUUUUAUCAUCAACUAAGUAGAUUUUUUGGUUUACUUUUGCUCAUUUUUUAUAAUUUGUUAUAAGAUAUUCUUUAUCAAAAAAACUACAUCCUAACUUUGGUUUUUAUAUAAGUAAAAAUAUAUUUCUAACUCUCAGAAAUUUGAUGUCUCUUACAUUGAUUAUAUCAAUUUAUUUUAUGACUUCAUCUUUGUAAUUUCAAUAUCUCCUCUCACAGCUGUUGUGUAUGAAGAAUGUGCAAAUUUGAAGUUUGAUAAUUAUUUAUUUGGAGCAGUUCCAGCAUAUUUAGCUGGAGUAGCUUUUUCAUUAUUUAAUUUUAUUUGCUUAAUUAUCUUUUUAGAGUGUUUUAAAGCUAAAACACUUGAUAAAUUAAUGAUAUAUCCUUUUGGAAUUGUAUUUCUUCUUCCUGGUAUUCUGAUUAUUAUACUAUUAUACUAAUUGUAAUUAUUCUAGGAACAAGAAUAUACAUCUUCAGAUGGCACAUAGAUAACAAAAACUAAAAAAAUUGAAUACAAGCUGAUAUUUUUAGCAAUUUUAAGCGUGAUAGGAAUAAUAGGAUUUUCAUCAUUUUAUUUUUAUAUUAUAAUGAUUUCUUUUUUUCUCAUAAUUUUAAACUGCCAUCCCGCCAUGAUAGUUUAUUAUCUUUUAACAAUAAUUUUAACAAUUUGGUUUUUGUGCUAAAAUAGAAAAGGAGCUGAUUACAGAAAAUAAUUAUCAAGCUUAUAUGAAUUAAAUGCUCUUAGAAAUUAAUAUAGAGACAUUUUUGAUCAAUAAUUUGGUAAAUAAAAAUUUGAUCAAUAGAAGUUUUUUAAUAAUAAAAAUUAUAGCACCCUUUAAGCUCUAACAAAUUAAUACAUAAAUAAUCCUUUAGAAGUCUUACAUUAAUUUAAUACAAGAUAAACUUGUUAAAAUAUCAAUUAAUUAUAAAAUUUUUACAAAGGGGUUAUAAUAGAAAAAUAGAAGAGAAUGUAUGAAGCAUAAAGUAAUAAUCUCCCUUUAAAUGAAAUCAAAGUUGUGUGA